AUGAGGGUACACUUGGGAGAGGAAAAGUUUGCUGGUGGAUUUUCAGAUCUUUUACUUGAAAUUGGCAAUGGUGAUUAUCCAUCGUUUGAUGAAACGAUAACUAUCCCAGAAAAUUUGUGUACAGUUUUGUGUGAACGUGCUAUACUCACUCCAAAAAAUGACCAAGCGGCGGCUAUCAAUGAUACACUGCUGAUGUCUUUUGAAGGGGAAGAAAAAGUAUAUAUUUCUAUAGAUACGGUGGUCAACAUGGACGAUGCAACUAAUUAUCCGGUUGAAUUUUUAAAUUCAUUGAAACCACCGGGCAUGCCAUAUCAUAGGCUUAUUCUACGUGUGGGCACACCUAUUAUGUUGUUGCGAAAUUUGAAACCGCCUAAACUGUGCAAUGGGACCAGGCUUAAAGUCAAAGCUUUACAUCGCAAUAUAUUAGAAGCCACAAUUUUAACAGAAUGUGCAAAAGGGGAAACUGCGUUUGUACCACGAAUCCCUUUAAUUCCGAAUGAUCAUCCGUUUGAAUUUAAACGAUUACAGUUUCCCCUGAAAGUCUGUUUUGCAAUGACUAUAAACAAGUCUCAAGGCCAAACUCUUAAAUUUGCAGGAAUAGAUUUGCGAGAAAACUGUUUUUCACAUGGGCAGUUCUACGUAGCUUGCUCACGCGUAAGCUCACCCAGUAGCUUGGUGAUUUUGUCACCUACUAAUAGAUCAGUGAAGAAUAUUGUCUACAAAGAAGUUUUGUAG